CACACAUGAACUUACCAAAAUAGUUAUAACUAAUCUCUUAAAUACCUUUAAAAAAUUCACAACUUUUAAAACUAGCCUCUAAAUGGGGUGCCAAAUUCACUCAUCACAUACUCAAUUUUUAUUCAAAAUUCCUAUAAACAAACCAAGGCUGCAAACUAGAACACUAGCAUUAUCUUUAUCUUCAUUUUCCAAUCAAGAACCAUCCAUUUCUAUUUCAACUACAUUACAAGAACAAAACCGAAAAUCAGAUUUGUAUAGUGUUAAGUUCAAGACAUUAGGAGACUGCAAACUUGGUAUAUCAAGAUAUCCUGAUUUUGAAUACAACGCUAAAGGGGGAGAGGGUAGUGGGAUAGGAAAAAAGAUGGUGGGAGUUGACUUUAAUGGCGAAACAUCGGUUGACUUUGAUGUAAAAACGCUUUAUAUACCGUCUCUGUCUACUGCAACAACCAAGUUUUUGGGCUUGCCUUUGCCACCGUUCUUGAAAAUUGAAAUUGUUCCUGAGAUUUUCAGAGGGAUCAUCAACCUGGAGUCUGGAAAGGUUGAUCUUAAGUUCAAAGCCAAAUUCUGGUUUUCAGUGGGGAGCAUCUACAAAGCUCCACCAUUGAUGGUGGAGACACUAUUGACAUCAGAAGAAUCGAAAGGAAACCAGAGGAGUGGAACUGGACAGAGGCUGGAUGAACAGGGCAGGUGCAAGCUAGUUGGAGUGGCAACUGUUGAGCAGAUUGAUGAUUUUCUAAUGAAUUCUUUCCUCGAUCUUCCAAGCGAAUGUCUUGCCAUCUUAAACGCAACAAUAAUCUUUUCUAAGGACUAACAGUCAGUUGGCAGCUAGAACCGAUAGAAGAAGUCAAGAAGCUGUAAGGAUUAUACUUGUAAAAUUGUAGAUUUUCAACAGGUUUUUUAACCGAUAUAUACAAUUUUCUUGCUUGUUCAUACACAAAAUUAAAGUUCUGUACUUUGUCAUAUACGAUUAAUAUGAGAGUUGGGCUAA